AUGUCUCGCCUAAUUGGUAUGGCGGUCAAGAUGGUGGGUGGUGGAGUUGGCCUGGGACGCGAAGCAUACCUUCAUCACAAGGAGAAGAAGCAAGCUGCCCGCGCACAGCAGGAGUUCGAUCAGGACCAGAGCGCUCGGGCAGUUGAUGCCCCUCAGCACCACCGACACCACGACGACAACGAUGGUCAUGAUAUCUACGUCCACCGCCCGCAAAAAGACGCAAAGCCUAUCGUCGCCAGUGGUCAUACUGUCUACAUCACGGAGGAAGAGAGAGCCCGUCUAGAAGGUCACGAAAACAGCGACAGCGACAGCGACGAUGGAAUCGGCCAUAGGGACGAAGAGAUCUGGGAGCUAGAUGAAGCAUCGAAACUACCCCCGCUCCCUACUUAUCAGGAGGCGGUACGCGGACCUGAAGGCGCCGUCUCAAGUUCCUCGUCUUCACCGAUACUCUCCUACAACUAUCAACCAGUAGAGAAACUGGUCGCGACCGUAAUAGCAACAAACGCCACUCCUGCUCCUCACCCAUCGCAGAUCGUCCCUCUUCGAUAUCCCGUCGUCUUGCCUCAGCGUCGCCCCAGAUCCAAGGCGCGAGGCUUCGUUCGGGCCUACGCUCCAGAUCUGGCGGCCAGCGGAAUCCCCGAGCAAACAUUCCUCCACUUCCUGCAGAACUUCGACGAAGCGGCCAAGGCCUCCCCAUACUUUCAGACCAUUUUCAUCGCUGCAGGAGUCGUCGGAUUCAUUCCAGGUGCCGUCACCCAAGCCGUCAGUAUAUCGGUGCAGUUUGCCGCGGGAACAGCCAUCGAGUUGCAGAAACGGUACCGCGCAAACGCCUACCUCGAUCAAAUUAACCGGGAACUCUUCAUGCCAAGAGGUCUCUAUGUCAUGGUCAUGAGAUUUAAACCGAACCCACGUAUCCCGGGACUCCAAGCUGAAGUGGGUUUCGAGGAGGUCAAUCUCCAGGCGGCACAGAUGGCCACAACCAAAAGUGUCGCUCGAUGGGCUCCUGCCACCUCUACCGGUGAAGAGUCAGGACCGCCAUCCCAGGGCAUGAAGGUUGUGGGAAAUAUUCGCAUCGCCAGUGGUUCGACACAGGGUGAAGAAAAUAUGCCCCUGACGGUGGCUCAGCUUGUAUUCCCGGGCUUGAAGAACACCGUGACCCCGCAACAGCAAACUGAGGGCUCCGAAAAGGCUGGUUUCGUGUCGAAAAUGAAGUCCGCCCAAGCCUUCAUCGAUAAUUAUUAUGACCGCCGCUCCCAAGCUGAAUACAAUGCCCAGAAUCCCAAUUCGACUCUCGGGCAGCAAGUUGAGGCACCCGCCUUCCGCUCUCGAUUUGCAGACCCGAAUUCCGCCGCCAACACUGGGAGUUUGAUCGGUCUAGUGACUGGAGGCCAUAUCCAGUUCACUCGGAGAGCGCGCCGGAGGGCAAGACGGCAACUGAGGAGGGCUGAGAGGAAUAUUGCAGAAGGUCGAGCCCCUGACGCCGCUCGAGGACCCGUGGGCUUGAUCUUUAAAGGAGUAGAAAAGAUACUCACGGAGGAUGUUUUGUAUAUGAUGGUGGUCAACCUGCCUGGCCAAGAGGAAUUGGGUCAGGCGAGAUACUUGUUAGAACAGAAUGGUUGGUUGAAAUGA